AUGGAAUGGACAUUUCUCAUCGUUGUUUUUAUUUUCAUCAACCGAUCAGCUGACGCAAGUUUGUCAUGUAAAUUUAUUGAUACAGUCAAUAUCACGGAUGGCUUUAAAGAUUCUAAUCAAAAUUUUAUAUAUAAUGAUGAAGUGUAUCCUCUUGGGACAUAUCAAGAAUUUGAUUAUAUAGAAAAUCAUGUUCAAGUAAAAACAAGUGUUAAUCCACACAUUCGUGGAUGUGUAUGCAAACUUAAACCUUGCAUUCGAUUCUGUUGUCAUAAAAAUUCAAAGGAUUGCAUUCCAUCAAAUAAAUUAACAGUUGAUAAUGAGAAUGAAGAAAGUGAAGUUAUUAAUAUAAAUGAAAAUAAGUAUGGAAUUUUAAUCGGACGACCAUGCGAGAAGAUUUAUCAUUUGACACCAGAUGAUUAUGAUGAUGAUCGCUGGAAUUUUCUUAGUAAUGGAUCAAUUUUUGCAAACGGCGCAGUUCAUGACACCGACGACUACUGUCUAAGCUUCAAUAAUGAUACACAAGUUGUGGCUAAUUUGUGUUUCCACCAAGUUGAUGAUACUCGAUUUGAAGUCUAUCCAAUUGGAAUGCUGAUUUCAAUUCCAUUUCUGAUCAUCACAUUUUUAGUAUACGCACUGAUUCCUGAGCUUCGAAAUCUUCAUGGGAAGUGCUUAAUGUGCUAUACAUUGUCAUUGACUGUACUUUAUGCAACGUUAUCUAUAAUCCAGAUGGAUAAAACACAUUUAAUACUACAAACUCUUCCUUGUAUCGCCAGUGGAUAUUUACUUUAUUUAUCCAUACUUCUGACUUUCUUCUGGAUGAAUGCGAUGUGCUACGAUAUUUGGAAGAUUUCAAGCCACGGCAUUUCAAAUCGAUCCAGAAAAGAGGAACAAAACUUAUUCUCAUAUUAUUGUCUCUACGCAUUCACAACGCCAGUAUUGAUAACAUUUGCAGUCUUUAUGAUUGAUCACCUUGAAAUUUUCGCAACAGAUUAUUUGCCAUAUUUUGGAAUUCAAAGAUGCUACAUUACAGCAUCCAAUAAAGCAGAAGCAAUUUAUGUUUACACACUCAUUUCACUCAUCAUCGUUGCCAACAUAAUUUUCUUUUUUGACACGGCAAGACGAAUUUGGAAGGCUCAAAGUUUGACGAAUGAUGAAAAUAUACAGCAGAGACGAGGAGUUCUGAGAAACAGAUUCUACAUAUAUCUUCGAUUAUUCAUUUUGAUGGGUAUAAUGUGGUGUAUGGAAUCAAUCAGUUGGAUGUACGAGGGGUCAAGUGAAGUGUUUUACGCUACCGACAUUUUCAAUUGCCUUCAAGGUGUCAUGAUCUUUAUUGUCUGUGUUUGUGAGAAAAGAACAAGGAAUUUGAUUUUAAAAAGAUGGUGUCCAAUUUUGGCAGAUGACGAGGAAGUUCCACACACUGUUGAUUUUGGAAUUCGUAAUGAAGAGAUUAAAGCGCCGAGAACAGAAUAA